CCCAUUUUAUACAAUGUAGAUAAAUUCAAACGAAUAAAACCUGAAUAUUGGAAAAAAGGUAAAGAAAAAAAGAAUCAAGCCAGGUAUAUGAGUGUGACAAGGUGAGAGAAACAUAGAGAGCUGCCAAUAUUCAUGAGUCAUAAACAAUGCUAAAAAAUAUUUUCUUAAAUUCUUAUUUGAUUAUGGUGAUAAUGUUCUUAUGAUCAAUGAAAAAUAAAAAAUGUCGCCAAAUCAAUCAAUAAUAAUCAAUUUCCUAUUAUUAAUCCUGGUCAUUAUUCAGCAAUCAGUAUCAUCACAAAAACAAACAUUAAAAUAUUGUACAAUUAAUCAAAAUGAAUUGAAUAAAUGUCGUGAUUGGUCAACAUCAGUGGAUAAUGAUUAUCGUUUUCAAUUUCAUUUAGAAUGUAUUGAAGCUGAUAAUAAAGAUCAUUGUAUGCAAUUGAUUGAAAUACAAAAAGCACAUUUAGUUAGUGCUGAACCGGGUGAAAUUUAUAUCGCUGGACGAUAUCAUAGUUUAGUACCGAUUGUUUAUGAACAAUAUGGUUCUGGUGGUGGUUCAUCAACAAAUCAAUCGAAUACCGGUUAUUAUGCUGUUGCUGUUGUAAAAGCAAAUUCCUAUACAUACAUUCAAGAACCAAAAGAUUUACGAAAUAAAAAUGCAUGUUUUAGUGGUGUUGGACAAUUAGCCGGUUGGAUAUUACCAAUUUUACGUUUAUUAGAAUUAGAUCUUAUCGAUACUAUUGAUUGUAAUAAUAUUAUACAGAAUGCUGCCAAUUUUUUUAAUGAAAGCUGUGCACCAAAUGCAUUGCUUGAUAAAAAUAAUCCAAUCGGUACGAAUCCACAGAAAAUCUGUCAACUUUGUGAAUCGAAAAAAUGUUCGGGCAAUGAUUUUUAUGCAAAUUUUGAAGGUGCCUUUAAUUGUCUACGUAGUAAAGGUGAUGUUGCAUUCGUGAAACAUACAAUUGUCGACCAAUUAUCUAAAAUUCAUCGUAUUCGACGACAAGAUUAUCAACUUUUAUGUCCAAAUGGUGAUCGUACAUCGGUGGAAAAUUAUCUAAAUUGUAAUUGGGGUUUUGUACCACCACAUGCUAUUCUAGUAUCAUCGGUAAUAUUACCCGAAACUAGAGAUAAAAUUCAACAAUUCCUAUUGGAUUCAUCAAGAAUAUUUUCUUUAAAUAGAAUGGAUCCAAUGUCACGACAAACUCCAUCAUCAUUCAAUUUAUUCGAUUCAUUUAAAUAUAAUGGAAUGGAUUUUAUUUUUUCCGAUGAAACAAUAUCAUUAGCACCUGUUGAUCGUUAUCGACAAACAUUUCGUGGUUAUUUUAGUCUAUUCAAUCCAUUUGUUGAUAUUGAAAAUUUAUUUGGAAAAUUAAGAAAAUGUAAUGUACCGAAUGCAAAACUUUGUGUUGUUUCGGAAGAAGAAUGGAAAAAAUGUAAUAAUAUGAAAUCGGCAUUCCGUACGAAUAUGUUACAACCACAAUUAUUAUGUGUACAAGGUUUGAAUACAAUUGAUUGUAUGCAAAAAAUUCAACAAGGCCAGGCUGAUCUCACUGUUCUGGAUGCUGCCGAUAUUUAUAUGGCUGGACAACAAUAUAAUUUAGAACCAAUAAUGGCCGAACAAAAUAAUCUAAAUGAUAGUUAUUAUUCAGUAGCAAUAGCUAAAAAAGCUGAUCUUGAAACUGAUUUACUUUAUCUAAAAGGUAAACAAUCAUGUCAUUCUGGUUAUCGAACAGCUGCCGGUUGGAUAAUACCGAUGGCAUUUUUAUUAUCCAAUUCACGAAUGCGUUCAUAUCGUUGUGAUCCGGUAAAAGCAGCAUCACAAUUUUUUUCCAAAUCUUGUAUACCCGGUGUACUGGCACCAGAAUAUUAUCCAUUAAGUAAAUCUGUUUGGCAAUAUAAUAAUCUUUGCAAUCUAUGUCAUGGUAAUUCAUAUCGUUUUUGUCGUCGUGAUUCAUCCGAACCAUUUUAUGGUGAUAAUGGUGCAUUUCAAUGUUUAGUUGAAGGUGGUGGUGAUGUUGCAUUUGCUAAACAUACAGUUAUUUUCGAAAAUACUAAUGGUAUUAAUCCAGAAUAUUGGGCACGUAAUAAAUAUCUUGAUGAUUUUGAAUUGUUAUGUCGUGAUGGAUCACGUGCCGAAGUACAAGAUUAUAACCGUUGUAAUCUUGGACAAGUUUCAACUAAUGCAAUUGUUACAAAUAAAUUUAAACCAUAUUAUCAAAAAGAAGCUUAUAUUACAUUAUUUAUUUAUGCUCAACAAUUUUAUGGUUCAAAAUAUUCAAAUGAAUUUACAUUUAAAAUGUUUGUAUCCGGACCAAAAUAUAAAAAUCUUAUAUUUCAAGAUUCAACUGUAAAAUUAAAAACCGUUUCAGAUGAUCGUCGUGAUUAUCGUAAAUAUCUUGGACAUGAAUUUAUGACUGCAAUGUCGAUUGUUGAAUGUCAAAGUAGAAAUCAUGUCCAAUCAUUAAUGACCAAAUCAUUUUAUCUAAAUAAUUUUUAUUCAUAUUUUUCAUUAUUAUUUAUUACAAUCAUUUUUCAUACAAUAUUUUUUCUUAUUUACAAUUACUGA